AUGUUCGUAAUUCAUAUCUGUCAGGGUGAAGGUCAAGAAAGGGCGGACAUGUCGAAUUUUGUUGAUGAAUGCGCUGAAAAGAUAAUGACAGAUCUUGAUAACGAGAAUUGGUAUCAUGGUGCACUGCCUUUAGAGGACGUAAUCUGUCUUAUAGCAACUCGUGGUGAUUUUUUACUGCGAGCACUCGAGUCGCAAGGUAAACGAGGACCAAUGCCUUGCCUGACAGUUCGCGUGAAUCAUCACGUGAAAGAUUUCCCCAUCCAUAGGAUUCAACAAACCAAUUCUGUAUUCUUCACUAUCGAUGGUGCGAACAAAGCGGAAUCCGUAAUUGCUCUUGUCCAGUAA